AUGCCGCCGUCUCUCCGCCAUCAAGUCAUAGCCAUAUACAAAGAACUUCUCUAUCUCGGGCGCGAGUAUCCCCUCGGAUACGGCUACUUUCGGCCGCGCCUGCACAGGGCCUUCAUGGCGCGCGCGACCGAGCGCGACGAAGACAAGAUCCGGCAGGGCAUCCGAAAGGCCGAAUACGUGAAGAAGGAAAUCGAAGCGCUGUAUUAUUUGAAACGAUAUCGCACAUUAAGGAAACGCUACGUGCCGGGCGCGUAG